AUGGACCCCAAUAGCUUCCCGGUGGCAGACCGGCACUGCCGGAUCCCAGCCGGACGAAGUUCCCAGGACAAUGGGAAUGUGAUUCGCAUCAACAAGGUCCAGCACCAGCCACUACGUGUGGGGCUGGCUGAGCCAGUGGCCCUGCCCUGCCUCUUCUUGCUCCAGCCUUCGGCCUCGCUGGGGCCCAACGAGCCACCGGACCCGCCUCGCAUCAAAUGGAGCAAGGUGCAGGCGGCAUCCGGGCAGAAGGAGGACGUGCCAGUCCUGGUGGCCAAGGAUAACGUGGUGAAGGUGGUGAAAGCCUACGAGGGGAGGGUGUCCCUGCCUGGCUACCCCAGCAACCGCUACAACGCCACCCUGGUGAUCGGCGCGGCGCGGGCCAGCGACGCCGGGCUGUACCGCUGCGAGGUAGUGGCCGGCGUCGACGACGAGCAGGACCUGCUGCCCCUGGAAGUCACGGGCGUGGUGUUCCACUACCGAGCCGCCAGCAACCGCUACGCGCUGACCUUCCCCGAGGCCCAGCGCACCUGCCAGGAAAACUCCGCCGUCAUCGCCUCCCCGAGUCACCUGCAGGCUGCCUUCGAAGACGGCUACGACAACUGCGAUGCUGGUUGGCUGGCCGACCAGACCGUCCGGUACCCCAUCACGCUCUCCAGACCUGGCUGCUAUGGAGACCGCAGCAGCCUCCCGGGCGUCCGCAGCUACGGGGAGCGGGAAGCCAGCGAAGCCUAUGACGUCUACUGCUACGCCAGGGAGCUGCAAGGGAAAGUGUUCUUCGUCUCCACGCCCGGACGGCUGACGUCUCAGGGAGCCAGGAAGCACUGCCAGAGCUGGGGGGCCUCGCUAGCCACCACGGGCCAGUUGUACUUAGCCUGGAGGGAUGGCUUGGACCAGUGCGACCCAGGCUGGCUGGCUGACGGAAGCGUCCGCUACCCAAUCAGGACCCCACGUAAAAAAUGUGGCGGGGACGAGCCGGGCGUGAGGACCGUGUACCAGUUCCCCAACCGGACGGGCUUCCCGGACCCAGCCUCGAAGUUUGACGCCUACUGCUACAAAGCGGGUCAGCAGCCAUCCCCGUCCCAGAAGAAACCAGACGAGUUGAGUCCUGAGAAAACAAAGAGCAGCCUGGACCGCGGGCAGCCGGAGCAGGAUCCGGAUGGGUUGGAGCCGGCGGGGCCUGACCCUCUGGGCAUUGACAAUGUCUUGGUGGAGCACGCUGAGGAGCGGCUGCCUCUGGCGCGAAACGAGCUGAUCCCCAAGGAGCGCGAGGACCCCAGCGUGUCCGGGGACUCCAGGGAGAUCACCCGCGAUCGCUACACCCUGCGGCACAAGCUGCUGGGGCCAGUCCUGACGGAGGACGAGCAGCUGCAGCUGGUGACGGCUAGCCCAGCCGGGAAAGACCCGGAGCCGCCCCAGGUGGGAUCCGAGAGGGCAGCCGCCACAGUAGCUCCCGUUCUGGACGGGGCCGGGGUUCUGGCUGAGCCUGUGUCUCCGAAACCCUCUUCAGUCUCCUUUCCGGCUGGGCCAGGGGAAGAUCAGUCUCUGAAUAUGGUCGACCAGGCACCAGCGCAUGGGGUGAGCAGCAACCAGGGAGCCCGCGAGCCGCUGGGCUUCACCACAGGCCGCUGGGAGGAGACACCUGGCCCCAGCCAGUUGUCCUCUGAGGAAAGAGACGCCCCAGCCCUGGGGGAGACCACCGAUGCCUUCCAGCCAACCUGGCACGCUGGCAUCACGUGGGGGCCCCUGUCAGCUGAUCUGCAGCCACCUUCCCAAAGCCCUGCCCCAGAGCUCCCCCAGGAAGGAGUCGCUAGCACCGUGGCCCAGGAUAGCAUGGGGGCAUCAUCUGCUGCCAACAAGCCCGAGCAGCCGAGCCCCGCUGCUCCGGAUGAACCCAGCCAUCUGCCCCACGGCCCCGAAUCCACCAAGAAGAGCAUCUCCUCGGGACUGAACGGCCGCUACUUCCAGCUGCAGCGCGAGGGACAAGCCCAGGGCGUGGACGGGAAUGCUUGGGGGGGCCUCACGCCUGCCCCUGGCCUGGCGCAGGAGAGGAAAGGCAGAGUGGACAACGCAGUCGAGAUCCUCCCUGCGGCCAAGCCCACCGCCAAGGCCCACGCAGGGGAAAGCGCCUACCCCCUCUCCAACGAAGUGGAUGGGCAGGCCGAGGGGCAGGUCGGCUACCAGCAAAGGGGAUCAACACACCCAUGGCCCCCGCAGACGGGGACAGCCCCAGCGCCCCCCUCACCAUCCGCUCCCAGCCAGAAAGAACUGCCGGAAUGGACCCUCCACCUGACACCGCCGCUCCCCCAGCACAGCCACUGGGCUCCCACUGACCAGCCCCCGGCCAGCGACAGUCCUUGGGCAGAGCAUGCGGCCGACACCAGCGGGGUGGGAGAGUCACUGAUGGGUACUCGGGGGGCGGCAGAGACAGCAGCCAGCGCAGAGGAGGGAAGACAGGACUGGAGCUCUGACAGCACCCCGACGCCAGCAGCCAGUGGGAUGCCUCUGCGCCCGGCCGGCACCCUGACCCCAGGAGACGCUCUCAGUCCCCUGCAGGAGGCUGUUCUCGACCCGCCACUCCCCAGCUCCAGCGUCCGAGGCGACUACCCCCAGGCGGGGGGCUUGGGGCUGCCACCCCCUGGGGAGGAUGCGGAGGAUUCCUCUGGGGAGGUCACCUCCAGUGAGGAGGGUGCCACCCCCAUCCUGCCGCUACCUGCCCUCCCCAGGGCCCGCCUGCAUGCACUUCUCCCCCCCCACGCUGAGGAUCCGGGGGCGCCCCCCUCCGCCCAUCCCCACCCCGGGGGCAGCGAAGGCAGCGGCGCUGCGGAAUACAGCUUCCCGGAGAGGAAGGGCAAAGCCGUGAGCUUUACGGAGAGGUUCAUUUCCUUGGCUGGCCGCGCUGGUAGCCCUGCAGCCAGCACCGAGAGCUCUGGCUCCAAGGAUCCCAGAGAGCGAGGUGGCAUGGACGCCCACAGGGCUCUGGGCCUGGAGUCUCUGGAUGAACCCCCGGGCACGGAGGAAACGCUGCCUGGCCCAGCCCGGGAGCUGAGAGACGAGCGUGCAGAGGAUGAGCAGGCUGAGCUGCAAGGCGAAGGCACAGUCACUCAUCCCGCUGAGGAGAUUCCAUCCCCAGAACCCACCCGCUCUGACCCUCGGGUGGCACCAGCCAGGGACAGCGAGCCGGCCAGCCGCCAACCUGCCACGCAGCCCAGCCCAGCCUGGGCAAUGGCAGCCAGCCAGCCACGGCCGCAGGCGCUGGAGGGGGAGGGCGAGGACGUGUACUUGGCUGCAGCGCUGUCUGGAGACGGGUCAGCGGAGCAGUCUGUGGGUCCCCCUACACUCCCUUUUGGCACCACCCAGACCAUGGCUCUGGGCCCCUACAAGCCGGCAGGGACCAACUGGCCGGUGACCAGGAGGGGGCAGAUGGCGGCAGCAGCCAUCAGCCUCCUACAGCCAUCGCUGGCAAUCACGGAGCCUGCCCACUCCCCCGCACCGGGUCCCACACUCCCCGGCGCAGUUGCUAACCGAGCCCCUGCAGCAGGACCAGCCCAGGCUGCUGUCGCAAUGACCAGGCUGCCAGGAGCCACCGGCGCCACGGGGCUGGAGAGCUCACCCUCCGCACCGGCUGCUGCAAGCCACACAGAGCCCAACGCGGAGGAUGUCUCAGGGGAAGCCAAGAGGGAGGAGCCCCCGACGCUGUGGGGCUCUGCAGCUGGGCCGCCCCCGCUGGAACAACGGCCGAGGGUGAGCGCCGGCCCUCAGGACCCCCUGCCCAGCUUGCCCACUGAUUUGUCCCCGCUGGUUGCCGGGUCCCGGGAGGAAGGCGUCCUGGAGCCCGCCGUGCACACCAGCCAGGCCUUCGAGGUACCCGAGGCGGAGCUGGACAGAUUCAUUCUCCAGCCCGUGAUUGACAUAGCCCAAGAGGGCAUCCUGGCUGAGGCCCCGGGGCUUUCGCUGGCGGACAGCGGGAGCGGAGAGGAGCAAGCGCUGCCCUUUGUGGGGGAGAAGGAGAGCCCGGCCUGGAGCGGGGAGAGCAAGGCCAGCACACUGGCUCAGGCCGACCCCUGCGAGACUAACCCCUGCCUGCACGGCGGGACCUGCCAGUCCAACGGAACCGUCUACAGCUGCAGCUGCGACCAGGGCUUCACCGGGGAGAACUGCGAAAUAGAUAUUGACGACUGCCUGUCCAGCCCGUGUCAGAACGGAGGCACCUGCAUCGACGAGAUAAACUCCUUCGUCUGCCUCUGCCUGCCCAGCUAUGGGGACAACCUGUGCGAGAAAGACACGGAGGGAUGCGAUCACGGCUGGCACAAGUUCCAGGGCCACUGCUACCGCUACUUUGCGCAUCGGCGCUCCUGGGAGGAUGCGGAGCGGGACUGUCGCCGGCGCGCUGGCCACCUGGCCAGCAUCCACUCGCCAGAGGAGCACGGCUUCAUUAACAGCUUUGGGCACGAGAACACCUGGAUCGGGCUCAAUGACCGGAUUGUGGAGCAGGAUUUCCAGUGGACGGAUAACACAGGCCUGCAAUAUGAGAACUGGCGGGAGAACCAGCCCGACAACUUCUUCGCGGGCGGCGAGGACUGCGUGGUGCUGGUGUCCCACGAGAUCGGCAAGUGGAACGACGUCCCCUGCAACUACAACCUGCCGUACAUCUGCAAGAAAGGCACCGUGCUGUGCGGGCCGCCCCCGGCCGUGGAGAACGCCUUCCCCGUCGGCAAGCAGAAGGAGAAGCACAGUAUCCACUCGACUGUCCGGUACCAGUGCGAGGGUGGCUUCACCCAGAGGCACGUCCCCACCAUCAAGUGCCACAGCAACGGAAAGUGGGACAGACCAAAAAUCCUCUGCACAAAACAAGGUCCCACAGAACCCGGCGCCACCACCGCCGCCACCACAACCACCCGCGCCACCACCACAACUCCCGCAAGGAGCGGAGAAAACACAGGAAGCAGCUCCAGUUGGACUGGAUGGAGGAAGGCAACUACUUCUAGAGGCUGGUGACGAGCAAGCACAAGUCCCCUCCCCUCCCCUCCGCCCCGGGAUGAGCCGGGCACGUGUGUGUGA